ACGCAGUCACCAGAAAGCAGAUCCUCCAAGCGCAGAGUAGAUGCCGAGGAGAUUGGCGACCUAAGCGCAUCUGAGGAGGAAGAAGAUCAGGGACGUAUCGAAAGCCAACAGAUGCUACUGGUGGUCGAUCGCCUCAAGCACAAAGACGAUGGCUGGGUUGACAAGAUGCGCGCCAGCGUCGACAAGGACCAAGAGGCGCUCAUCCAGAUGCUUGACGACAAGGAGCAUCUCGACUCGCAAUUUCACAACGAAAUUCGCCGCCUCCUCACCGAAGUCCUCGGCGGACCUGCUCCGAAGCAGAAAAAAGGCACCAAUACCCAAGACACCUUCUACCUCAGACCCGCGCACGAGCACGCUCACCUCUUGUUCGCCAAAGCCGAAGACCUGAUCAAGCAAUACAACCACGUUUCCGACGCCAUCGACACAGGCAGAAACAGACUGGCCACUGACCAUAUCGAGACGUUUGAAAAGGACAAGAAUGAUGUAGCCGAGAUGCUUCACGCUGGUCAAGAACUUGCUCGCCGUCAGAUCCAGCAAGUCUUGAAGCGAUCAGACGACCGCGACUCUCCGCGUAACAAGACCAAACCUCUGUUCACUGAGGAGAAGCUGGAUGAUGUGGCUUCCAUGUUCCAGGUCCUGCGAGACGAGACCAGGGAAGAAGAGGGGAGCCAUGAAGCUGAGCUUGAGGCCAGAGCUGACAUGACUGUUGGAGAUGGCCUCUUUCCCAUCAUCCAUAACACCAAGAAAGGUGUCAAGAAGCUGGCCGGACAUCUGUUACCCGAUGAAGAA